CUUUCUUUCACGCGUUUACCUUCUAUCAGCUUUAAUUAAAUCUCUAUUUCUCUGAAACUUCGUUUCUUUCUUUGGGUAUUUGCAGAGCCACAUUCUUCUUCUUCUUCAGUCUAGAUCCGUCAUGAACUCUGUUCAACGUUACCUAGAUCCACUUCUUAACUCUACAUCUCAACGCACCUGAUCCCUUUUCGCAAAAAAUCUCAUUUCUCCGAUCACCGACGAUUUAUUUUAUUAUUUUAUUAUUUUAAUUUUGUUUUUAAAAUUGUUUGAAGAUGAAGAGUUCGAGCAAAUUUUUCACGUUUGGGUUGGUGGCGUCAUGGUAUUCGUCGAACAUAGGAGUUCUGUUACUGAAUAAGUACUUGUUAAGUAACUAUGGGUUCAAGUACCCGAUCUUUUUGACCAUGUGUCACAUGACGGCUUGUUCUUUGUUAAGUUACAUCGCCAUUGCGUGGAUGAAGAUGGUUCCUAUGCAAACUAUCCGAUCUCGGCUUCAAUUUCUCAAAAUCUCGGCUUUGUCUUUCGUGUUUUGUAUCUCCGUUGUUUUUGGGAAUGUAUCGUUGAGGUUCCUACCGGUUUCUUUUAAUCAGGCUAUUGGUGCUACGACGCCAUUUUUCACUGCUGUUUUCGCCUACUUGAUGACGUUUAAGCGUGAGGCUUGGCUCACUUAUGUCACCCUCAUUCCUGUUGUUACUGGUGUUAUCAUCGCUAGCGGGGGUGAACCAAGUUUCCAUUUGUUUGGAUUUAUAAUGUGCAUUGCGGCAACAGCUGCCAGGGCACUUAAAUCAGUGCUACAGGGAAUUUUACUUUCUUCUGAAGGGGAGAAGCUGAAUUCCAUGAACCUCCUUCUAUACAUGGCUCCAAUAGCUGUCGUGUUUCUACUCCCUGCAACACUUAUAAUGGAAAAAAACGUGGUUGGUAUUACACUCGCUCUUGCUAGAGAUGAUGUCAAGAUCAUCUGGUAUCUACUAUUCAAUUCGGCACUAGCUUAUUUCGUAAAUCUGACCAACUUUUUGGUCACAAAACAUACCAGUGCUCUGACUCUCCAGGUAUGCCUCAUUUCUAAAUGCAAAGGGGGCAGGGGCCGUGGUGUGUCAAUUUUGAUAUUUAGAAAUCCCGUAUCUGUAACGGAAUGCUUGGUUACACACAUGACAGUAUUUGGAGUAAUCCUCUUAGUGAAGCAAAGAACGAGCAAGACAACAUGAAGGAAAAUAAUAUGUGCAAUCAUCAUAAAUUGUUCCCGCAGUGCCAGGAGAGAGGCAAACCUUCCUGGAGGGC